AUGUCGUACGUUCCUCGUGAUUCUGAAAACCAAGGGGCUGAACUAGUUGACAAUGAUCGUAUCAUUCGUCAGCGUGCUUUACAUAGUCAUGUAAAUUUUAAACCGACUACUGUUAUUGAUCAUAUAAAAACAAAAGUCCAAGGAAAACGAUCCACGCGUUCCAAUUCAAAAGACACAUCUAUUGUCCCAAAUAAUACUAAUACUACUACUAAUAAUAAUAAUAACAAUACUAAAUACACAAGUCAAGAAUAUAUGAAACCAGCAACAAAGCAAGCAUUGGCAAUGCCUCUUACUCAAUCGAAUAACAUGUUAUCAAAGUCAUCGGAUCGAAAUUCCUUUGCAAGUCAAGACAACAUAUGCAAUGAUCGAACUAAUUCACUUAGUGCACAACCUGAAACUCUUGUCAAUGGCUCACAAAACAUCGAUAAAGAUGAAAACAGUCCUCGAACUGUUGACUGGGGAAUAGGUACAAUGGAUUCAGAUGUUGAAACUAAUCAAGUAAGCACGACAGGAACAUCUCUGCCUGCUUCAAUCAAUCAAUACAAUACAAUAAAGCAACGUCCACUAGUCCGAUGCAGGGCUUUUCAAAUUCGUGAUGAGGAUUUCAAAUUAAUCUUCAAUGAUUUACCAUCAAGCGAACGAUUAAUUAUUGCUUAUCCAUGUGCUUGGCGAAAAGAUAUUUUUAUGCAUGGAAAAAUGUUUCUCUCAGUUAAUUAUGUCUGCUUUUAUGCAUGCUUCCUUAAAUGGAACGAAAGUCUAUGCAUCGCCUUUAAAGAUAUUAUUAGUAUUACAAGAGAAAAAUCAGCUAAAGUCGUUCCAAAUGCAAUCAAAUUACGAACGAAAAAUGAAGAACAUCUUGUUGCAAGCUAUAUACCAAGAGAACGAAUUUUUAUUGCAAUAUUUCGUCUAUGGCAAAAUGCUUUACUUGAACAGCAAUUAAAUUAUGAACAAUUGCGAACCGUGGUUUAUUCUGAUCAAAUGAAUAAUGAAGAAUCAAGUGACGAGAGUCAUGCAUCUAUUGAACAAGAAAAUAACAACAGAUACAUUGUCAAUGAUUUUGUUCAUUCUCAAUCAUCACCUCAGAUGCACUCGAAUCCUUCGGUAAAAUCAGCUCUAGCAUUGACGACAGCCAAUGAUGAAUUCAGUUCAUCAUUACCAAGUCCAAAACCAAUAAUUUAUGCACAAACAUGUCCAUGUGAAAAUCAUCUAUCAAGAACAUUUGCUGAUAGACUAUUUUUAUGUGAUGUUAAUACACUUUUUGAAUUAGUAUUUGGUGAUAAUCCAUUUACACAUUCUUAUCAUGAUUCACAAAAAUUAUUAGAUUAUACUAUUGGUGAAUGGCUUGUUAAUCGUGAAAUUGGUAAACGACAGCGUCAAGUAACAUACAGAGCAAUAACUCAAUCGAUUCUUGGUACUAAUACACUUUUUUGUACGGAAAAACAAACAAUAGAAUUUGAAAUGUCUCAUUCAGCUUACGUUGUUCGCACAGAUGUAUACAAUGAAGGAAUGAAAUAUACGGAUGCUUUUUUCGUUGCAACACAAUUCUGUUUGUUUCAAAGUGAUGCUGAACAUUGUGCAUUGCGUGUCACUGCUCAAGUAAAAUACAUUAAAAAUGUUAAUGCUAUCGCUAGAGCUUUUAUUGAAAAGAAUGUCAAUGGAUCGGUUGAAAGUGGCGUCAAUAAUCUAACUCUACGACUUGAAGCUCGACAAGAGAAAUUAAAUAAUCGUGAUUCAAAUCGAAAGCUAGUGUCCGCAUUGAAACAUAUUACACCAGAAACGAAAAAUGAAGUCAAAAGCCCAACUGAGAAAAAGGAACGUGUAUCAUUCAGUUCUUCGAUUCCAUCAAAUGAGCGAAUAGCAAUGAAUGAAGAUGCAUUGAGUACAAGACUUGUACUCAAUUUUGCUGUCUUUUUGAGUGUAUUCCUUAUUCUUCUUCAUAUUUAUCUAUGUAAUAAGUUACAUGAUAUCGAUCAAGCAUUAUUUGCUCCUGAUGUGACUUGUUUGAAUCAAUGUAAAGAAGCUUGUACAAAAACAAUAAUUCGUGUGUGA